AUGGGCUUUAACUGCCCAAGGUUGGAGGAGCAUUAUAAAGAAUUAACAAAUACUUAUAUUCCUGAAAUGGUGAAAUAUAGUGACGUGCUGCAUCGACUUUCCUCAGAACUAAAAAAUGACAUUAUAAAAAAUAAUCCAGUUAAAAUAUUCUACGCAUAUGACGGAUUCAUUAGUCAGAUAAAUAUGGGUCUUCCUGUUAAACCAUCCAUACAGAAAAUGAUACCGGACAUAAAAAAAGCGGCUGAAGAAGCAUUUGAUAUAUUCAUUGCUAACGAUACCACGCUGCCAUUACAAGCUGGUCUACUUUUAAAAGAAUUCUUCGAAGUAUCCGCAUCAGCAGUUGCUGGGGUGCCCACUCAAAAAGUAAGGAUUUAUUCAGCGCACGGUUACAACGUUUAUGCCUUCAAGGCGAUAUCCAAGGCAAUACCAAGACAGGGCGUACCACUGUAUGCGGGGUUAUUUGCUCUGGAAUUAAGGAGAGUGGUGGAAACGGGAAGAUAUGUCGUUUUGCCAAUUUACGUGAAAGCUCCUGGUGAGCAAGUGCAGUACCUAGAGAUACAAGGUUGUGGUAAACCGCUGUGCGACCUUGAGAAGUUCUAUGCUAUCACUUCUCCCUAUGUGCUAAACGUUGACGAGUGGAAAAAAAGGUGUAACUAUGAUGAGAACACUAUAUUUGAUACUGAAAGCUACGAUUGA